AUGACUAAUUCUAAAUUUUUUUUUUUACAGCAAAAAGAUAAGGAAAAAGACACCAAUUACGAUUACAAUAAACCACUAUGUAAGUGUACGACAAUCACGCAGGGAGAAGCUCUAAUGAUGACUCUUGCACUAGUUGUUGAAGGAGUUGAAGAAUCUCUAACAUGGAAAACUAUUGUUGGGAUAUUAUCCAUGAUUAAUACGUUAUUCGAAAAUGACGUGGUUCCGUCAUCAAAAUAUAAGUUAUUUAAAACUUUAAAACUAAAUGAAGAUAUUCUUGCUUACCAUGUAUAUUGUAGGGACUGCCAUCACUACUUUGGCGCUCAAGAUGAAUUAAAUAAAAACGGAUUGCAGUGUCCAAUUUGCGACAAUAGUGAGAAACCGCCAGAUAUUUCAUAUUUUUUGACGUUUGACAUCUCCUUACAGUUGAAAUCAAUAUUAGAAGAUCCCAAAGUGCAAGAAAUAUUUCUGGCUAAUCUUCAAGAUAAAGAAAAUAAUGAAAAUAACAAUGAUCUUCAGAGUAUGAGUGAUGGCCAGAUAUAUAAAAAAUUAUCUACAACAAAUAACCCAUUAUCACAUAAAUAUAAUUUUUCAUAUACUUUCAAUACUGAUGGUUGUCAACCAUCAAAAUCCAGCAAGCUUUCCAUUUGGCCGAUCUAUGCAAGUAUUAACGAGCUGCCUUUGAAACUACAAUCUAAGUACAUGAUUAUGACUGGUUUAUGGGUCAACAAAGAAGAGCCAGAUAUGUUAUUAUUUUUGCAACCACUCGUUGAUGCAGCGAAUAAACUAUCAGACGAAGGUGUAGAAUGGAAAUUACAGCAACAAACAAUAACCAGCAAGUUUAUUCCCAUAUGUGCCGUAGUAGAUUCUGUGGCAAGAUGCAAAAUUUUAAAUAUGAAGCAAUAUAAUGGUUCUUACGGUUGCACAUUCUGCGAGCAUCCGGGAUUGCGUAUGAAUAACUCUCAAAAGUUUCCAAUAACAACGGUUGUUCCAAAAGAACGAACCAAUGAAUCAGUUAAAGAACAAAUGUUUCUUGCUGGUGAAAGUGAGUUUGGUAGUGAUGUCAUGGGUGUAUGGGGACCGUCAGCAUUAAUAAAUCUGAUGAAUUAUUUUGACAUUGUUGAUGGGAUGUCACCUGAUUAUAUGCAUGCUAUUUUAUUAGGUGUAAUAAAACAGCAUACUGAAAUUCUACUGUCUUCAUUCGGUGAAGAUUACUAUGUAGGAAGUCCGAACCAACUUGAAGCAAUUAAUAUUAAACUUUUAAACUUUAAGCAUCCUACGUGUAUAACUCGAUCCCCAAGAAAUUUAACAGAGCGGAAAAUGUGGAAAGCAACUGAAUGGAGAUCAUGGAUUCUUUUCUAUUCACUUAUAUGCUUAAAAGAUAUUCUUCCCCAGAAGUAUUUAGAACAUUUAGCUCUAUUGGUGGAAGCUAUGUAUAUUUUAUUAUCUGAUCGAAUUAAUUCUGAUGAGCUAGAUACAUCAGCUGACUCUUUGAUUUUGCGAUACGUAGUCUUGUAUGAAGAAUAUUUUGGUACACAAGCAAUGACAUAUAAUAUUCACCUAUUAUUACAUUUGAUCAAAAGUGUAAUAAAAUUAGGUCCAUUACGGUGUCACAAUACUUUCAUAUUUGAAAAUGAAAAUCACUUUCUGAUGAAAUUGCAAAAAAGUCCCAAUAAAAUCCUUAUUCAAAUUGCCAGACGGUACAUGUUCCAGAAAGCAUUAACACCAUUGAAAAAUAAAAUUAAUACAAGCAAUCAAUUCUCUCAAUUUUGUGAACGGAAUUUAACAGGUUGA